CUGUUUUUCAUGUUUGCGGUGGGCCUGCCUGCUGGCAAGCUUUUCGAUCAAGGGUACUUUCGUCAAGUUAUCACCUGUGGCAGUGCUCUCUGCGUCUCCGAUACGUUCAUGCUUUCGCUCGCGAUUCCACAGAAGUACUACCAACUCGUCCUCUCGCAGAGCAUUGGUAUGGGUAUCGGGAGCGAUCUGAUGCUUGUUCCCGUCAUGUUCGUGCAGACUCAACAGUACUGGUGGAUGCGGUGCUCGCUCGCAAUGGGAAUCGUCAUGACAGGCGCCGUAAUCGACAAUCUAAUCCACCCUGUCAUGCUCAACAAGCUUGUAAACCGCGGUGCUGGCUUCGCCUGGGGAGUGCGUGCAACCGUGUUCCUUACCCUCAGCCUGCUUGCCACCACCAACUGUAUAAUGACGACUCGCUUGCCGAGCGCUAGGCAGCGUGGACCGGGGCCUAAGCCGAAUAUGAAGACUAUCAUGACCGACGGGCCAUAUGUAUUGGUUGUUCGCGAUCGGGUACGUGGCCCAUUAGUUGAGUGA